UUUACCACUCCCCCCAUUCUCUCUCUCCCACUUCCCUCUCUUGACGCCAACAACGGACCUCCAUUAAUGCCCGCCUCUCCCUUGCUCUCUCUCUCCUUCUUUCUUAGUAUCAUCAGCUGCUUGCUCUCACUUCCCCUCUCUUUCUCUCCCUCUGUGGAAGUGAAAUCAAUGAUCUCGCACAUUUUAAGAUCUGCAUUUUUUGUUUUCCCCUUUUUUGCUUUUCUUUCUCACUUCGCUUGCUCUUGUCACGCAUUUUUGAAUUAGCUGAGAAUCCUAGGGUUUUUCUUCCCUCCCGUGAUCUUCUCUCAAGCCUCCUCUCUCUUCCUUUCCGCUUCCUUUCCUCUAUUAUCGAUCUUGCUGCCUCCAAUUCAGGUAUCUUUCAUGACUGGUACUGGUUAUGGAGAAGUUUCGCCACAAGAGAUCCAACGUUCCUACCUCUGCUGAUCGCUCCUCCCAACCCCAUCCUGCUCUCUCUGAAGGAAACAAGGGGGUUCAGAGACGGAGAAAACAUCCUAAUUUGCUCCCCGAUUCCAGCCCUUCCGCUAGUGGUGUCGCAUCUGAAAAUUCGUCGUCAUUUAAAUUCGGGUGGAGAUCUUCAAAACAACUGCUUGGUACUCCCAUAAAGAAGUUACUAGCUGAAGAGAUGUCGGGAGAAACUGAGUCCAAAAGAAGAGCUCCUAGUGUUAUUGCCAGAUUGAUGGGUCUUGAUGGGAUGCCCUUGCAACAAUCUGCUAAUAAGCAACAUAAAAGUUCCUCUGAAGUCCAUCUGCAGAGAAGACAACAGUUGGAGAUAACUCAUAGUGGUCGAUCAUCCAGGAGAAGCUCAGGGGAUCAGCAAGAAUUUAAAGAUGUCUUCGAGGUCUCAGAGAUCCCAAAGGCAGAGAGCUGUAGGUAUCCGUCCCAGGGUGCUGACUUGAUUGCAACUGAUGCUGAAAUAUCAUUCAUUGAACAGAAGUUCAAGGACGCCAAACGUCUGGCAACUGACAGGGAUUCACUCUCUUCAAAGGAAUUUGAUGAUGCACUUGAGGUUCUGGAUUCCAACACAGAUCUUCUACUAAAAUAUUUUCAGCGGCCAGAUUCUUUAUUUAAAAAGCAUCUAAAUGAUCUGCAAUCUGCUCCACUUCAAUCACAUUGUAAAUACAUAGAAGCUAUGAGAUCAACAAAUAUGGAGAAGUAUGGACAGCAUCAUGACUUCAGCUGGAGGUCAGCUCGGGACGCAACCAGGUUGAAUUGCAGUGGAUCUCAUCAGAAGCAUCUUGAUGGUUAUCCUGCACAAUUUGACAGAAGGCAUGCUGUCCAUAGUUCACCAAAAUCACCAAAGCUUCAGUUGAGUGGAAAAGACAAACAAGAUGCAAUCCCCACAAGGAUUGUUGUCCUAAAACCCAAUAUUGGAAAGGUACAGAAUGCUACAAAAUUCAUUUCAUCAUCUUGUUCUUCACAUGCUUUCUUAUCAGAGAGUGGAAAGAGUGCUGCAUAUCCAGAUGUCAGAAAUAGGGGCCUUGAAUUCAGUGAGAGAAAUCUUCCUGGUACUGUCGGGUUUUCAAGGCAAAAUUCAAUGGAAUCUAGGGAAAUUGCGAAGGAAAUCACUAGGCGAAUGAAAUGUAGUAUACACAAUGGAUCUACAAUUUUUGCGUCUUCUAGAAUUAGAGGAUAUGCUGGGGAUGAUAGUUCUUAUGACUUCUCUGAAAAUGAAUCUGUAGAGGAAUCAGAGAUAACAUCGGCAACCUUGGCAAACUCUGUAGACUUAAGUAAUCAUAGCAGGCCAUCAUCCCGUUCAAGUGAAUCAUCUGUUUGUAGAGAGGCAAAGAAGAGAUUAUCAGAGAGGUGGAAAAUGACGCACAAGUCUCAACAGGGGCAAGCCAUCAACAGGGGCAGCACACUGGCUGAAAUGCUUGCUAUAACUGAUAAGGAAAUGAAUGCAGCAAAUUUUAAGAUUACGUCUUCUGGGGGAGGUUACCAUAAUAAGUUUGCUACUAAGAGCACACCUGCUGGGUCGGUUGAACCUUUGGGUAUCAGUAGUAAGGAUGGUUGGAAGGAUGGGUAUAUGGGAAGUCUGUCAAGAUCAAGAUCUCUUCCUGCUUCAUCCGCAGGAUUUGGAAGUCCUAGGACACUUCAUGCUGAUCGAUUUAUUAUGCCAAAGGAAGCCCUUAAGCGGGAAAGAAGAAAAGCUGCAAAGAGUUUUUAUCAGCAGCAAGGUUUGAAUACCAGAAACUUAAAAUCUGGUCACAAGAAGUCCUGGUCUUCUCAUUGUACAAAUAUGGAAAUUUAUGAUUCUUCACCAGACAUGAACACAAUCCAAGAUAAAGUGAAUGCCAAGCCUGAAGAAGAUCCACCCAAGAUAGAAGUUCCAUCAUCUGGUUCAUUAACUGAGAUCCUCAGAGAUACAAGUGUGAUUACUGAAGAUGUGGUGGAUGCAGCACUCAAAAGCCCAGCUGGGUCUUCUAAAUCUCCUGAUCCAGACCUUGGAGAAUUACCUUCUGGUAUAUCAACCAGUGGCAGCCCUAGUGCUGUUGAAGGAGACAGUUUACUGCAGCAGGAGCCGUCAGUUGGUUCUUCCAGUGGAAGUUCGGUCUCCUCUCAACCAAUUGUACCAGGACUCGAAUCUUCAUGCUGUAAAGAGGCUGAUCAACCAAGUCCAGUUUCUGUACUGGAGCCUUCAUUUACAGAUGAUCUAUCAUCUUGCUCGGAAUGCUUUGAAAGUCUUAGCGCUGACCUCCAAGGUCUUCGAAUGCAACUUCAGCUGCUAAAGUUGGAAUCCGAAGAAUGUGUUGAGGGACCCAUACUGAUUUCAAGCGAUGAUGAUCGUGGGGAAGCAUGUCUUGGAAUUUCAGAAGGGAAUGGAUUACGUGGAGAUAGCUGGGAGUCUUCCUACAUUAUUGAUGUCUUGUCUGAGUCUGGCAUUGAUGGGGCCUAUCCCCUUUCUUAUUCGGAAGGAUGGUACUCUCCCGAGUGGCCUGUGAGUCCAACAGUGUUCGACGAACUUGAAAAGAGGUACUCUGAUCGUAGUGCUUGUUCAAGGCCUGAAAGGAGGAUGCUUUUUGACCGUGUGAAUUCGGGCAUCGUUAAGAUCUACAAGCAAUUUGAGAAUGAUCGGCCAUGGUUAAAUCCCAAGGUAACAAAUAUUGGUUCCAGACUGAUGAAAAAGAGGCUCCAAGAUGAUCUGUGCACUUUGCUGAAGAGCCAAGAAAAAGUAAAGGAUGACGCUCUGGGAAAGGUGCUUGUGAUGGAGUCGGAGUGGUUGGACGUGAGAGAUGACGUCGACACAAUAGGGUGGGAAGUUGAGAGAUUGCUAUUAGAUGAUCUAGUGGCAGAAGUCGCUGGUUCAUUAGACAUUUUGACCCCAAAGUAGGGAGCCGCGUCUUAUGUAGAUCAAUUAGUGCAACCGUAAUUUCAUCGAAAGAUGAAUAAAGAGGAUCAUAAUCUCUUUCAUGAAACCGAAUUUCGAAUUUCUAUGUGGGAAAUAUAUAUAUA